UCCGUGCCACUGCCAACUAAACGAGCUCGUUACGAGCUGCGCUUUUUAACGGGGAAAAAGUGACUUUUCUCCGUGUAUCAUCAGAUCUUCGUUAAGUUUUGCACGCUAAGUACGUCAUUUCUGUGAAGUGUAAUUUUUAUUUACAACUGUCUAUAGUGUCAAUAUUUUUUAUUCAUCUCGUUAAAAAAGUUUCCCUUCUGGUGCGCGAGAGCCAGAGUCAUCCAAAAAGUAGCCGUAAGCUCGUAAUAAAAAUUCACAAAUAUGUUUAUUUGGGAUUGGUUCACUGGUGUCUUGGGUUAUCUUGGAUUAUGGAAGAAAAGUGGCAAACUCCUGUUUCUUGGCCUGGAUAAUGCAGGCAAAACGACACUACUUCACAUGCUCAAAGAUGACCGAUUAGCUCAACAUGUACCUACGUUGCACCCAACCUCCGAAGAACUGUCAAUCGGCAACAUGAGGUUCACAACAUUCGACCUCGGUGGUCACACUCAAGCUCGUAGAGUUUGGAAAGACUAUUUCCCAGCUGUCGAUGCGAUUGUGUUCCUGGUCGAUGCAAGUGACAGGAAUCGAUUGCCAGAAUCGAGGGCUGAACUGGAUGCGCUAAUGACUGAUGAACAGCUUAGUAUUUGUCCGGUACUUGUAUUGGGUAACAAGAUCGACAAACCAGGUGCAGCAUCAGAAGAUGAACUUAGAACAUUCUUUAAUCUUUAUGGGCAAACGACUGGAAAGGGAAAGGUUGCACGUAACGAUAUUCCCGGUCGUCCCUUAGAACUCUUUAUGUGCUCCGUUCUCAAGAGGCAAGGCUACGGCGAAGGUUUUCGCUGGUUGGCGCAGUACAUCGACUGAACAAAAAAAAACCCCCCUAAUAACAGUUGAAACCACUCAAUAUUUUCCAGUAAUUUAUUACUUUCCCACUAUCCGAACUCUUUAAUUCCAUUUGGCAUAGCAGUGCUAAUGCCAUGCGGAUGUUUUUUGCUUGUAUUAAAACACAGCAAAGCAAAUAUUUCACAUCUCAUGCGUCAAAAGACAAAAAAAAAAAAAAAACAAGUAGGGAAAGUACAAUCUUAUGACAGAAUUGUAACCGAAUGACGGCUUUGUGACCAUUUUUGAAUUUAGUGAAUUUAUGACCUAUUUAAAUUUAAUUAUUAUCUGGUUCAACUAUGCGUACGUCUUUAAAAAUAUUAACGUCGUAUAGAAUCGUACCUAGAAUUGUUUUUCCUUUUUAAUUUUUAUUUAACAGAAAGUGAAUUUCUCAACGUUUCAGAGCUUCGUCUAAUUAAAAAAAAAGUGCUGUGAAUGUUGACGUUAUUUAAAAAAAACGAAACGAACAUUUUGAUAAAUAAAAUACUAAUAAAAAACUUCA